UAUAUAGAGUUGAGCUAGUAGAAUAGAAUUAGAAUAGAAUUAGUAGAAUAUCGAAAACAUAACGUAUAACUCUGUGCACCAUAACCUGCUGCUGUUCUUCUGCUUGUUGUUUAUGAUAGCUGUUCCUGUCUCUUUUCUAUUCAGACGCCCUGCUUUACUCACAACCAAAACAUUUGCAAUUGCUUCCACCAAGCUGAAAAGACUCAUCAUGACCAAAGAAUCUCUCACCAAGGAAGAAGAGCCACUAAUUUUUGCUCCAAAGACAUACCAAUACAACAAGUUUGCCUUGGAUAUCGAGGACGUCAACCCCAGUCCCAUAGUCCAGUUUGAAAAAUGGUUCCAAGACGCCAUUGAUUCCCCAGAGGAAGAUACCCCAGAUGCUGUUAGUUUCUCCACUGCUUCUUUGCCCUCAGGAAGAGUCUCCAACAGAAUCGUUUUGUUCAAGCAGUUGGACCACAAAGGUUUUAUCGUUUUCUCAAAUUGGGAAAACUCAAAGAAAAAAAGAGACAUUGUCUCCAAUCCAUAUGCUGCCUUGACUUUUUUCCACAAGAAUUUGCAAAGACAAAUCAGAAUCGAGGGAAAAGCUGAGUUCAUCUCUAAAGAAUUGAACCAAAAUUAUUUCCAAACAAGACCAAGGGGCUCCAAAAUCGGUGCUUGGUCCUCUCCACAAUCUCAAGUCAUUGCCAAUAGAGAGGUCUUGGAGAAUUUAGUCCAACAAAAUGCUGAAAAGUUCAAAGAUCUUGACGACAACGAUAUUCCCUGUCCUGACUACUGGGGAGGCAUAAGAAUAGUUCCUCUAGAAAUCGAGUUUUGGCAAGGCAGAACAAGUCGAUUGCACGACAGAAUAUCUUACAGAAGAGACUCAGAAGACGAUGAUUGGACUAUUGUUAGAAUUGCUCCAUAAUUAUAUCCAAAGCUUAAAUCUGCCCAACGAGACUUAAUCAACAGGCGAAUCAAACU